AUGGGAUCUAUCGCAUUCAAAUCGCCCCGGGUUUUGAAGGCCCCGGGCCUUCCUUAUUUCACCCCAGCCAACAAUGGCGGUGCCGCUCUGAACCCCGAGGACCCCAACACCCCAACUUUGUUCCGGCCGCUGCAAAUUCGCGAUGUCACAUUCAAGAACAGAGUGAUUGUUGCACCUAUGUGCAUGUACUCAGCCAACUCAGAUCCUUCUUCGCCCGCAGUGGGCGCCCCUACCGAUUUUCACAUCGCACAUCUCGGUCAUCUAGCCGCGAAAGGUGCCGGCCUUGUGAUCAUCGAAGCAACCGCUGUACAGCCGAAUGGCAGAAUCUCUCCGAAUGAUCUCGGCCUUUGGCAAGAAGGAACUGAGUCCGAGCAAUUCAAAGGAUUGCAGCGUGUCGUGAAUUUCGCUCAUAGCCAAGGAGCCAAGAUCGGUAUCCAGUUGGCCCACGCCGGUCGGAAGGCCAGUACCGUUGCACCCUGGUUGUCAUCCGAGGGCAAAAGGAGCAGUAUUAAAGCUGAUGAGUCUGUCGGUGGCUGGCCGACGAAUGUAGUUGGUCCUUCGGGAGGCGAAGAGCACAUCUGGGCUCCGGGAGAUGUCAAGUAUUGGCCUCCCCGGGAGCUCAGCACAAACGAAGUUGAAGAGAUUGUGCAGGCCUUCGUCCACAGUGCAAAAUUAGCCAUUCAAGCAGGCGUUGAUGUGAUUGAGAUCCACGGUGCUCAUGGAUACCUCCUGAACGAAUUCAUGAGUCCUGUCACUAACCGCCGCACCGAUAAAUAUGGUGGAAGCUUUGAGAACCGUAUUCGAGUUGUGCGCGAAGUGUGUACCGCUGUUCGUGCCGCCAUUCCUGCUGGAACUCCCCUGUUCCUUCGCAUCAGUGCUACUGAAUGGUUGGAAGACCAACCGGUCGCAGCUGAGAAUGGCAGCUGGGACAUGUCUUCAUCCACCCAACUGGUCACACUGUUGCCGGAAUUUGGCGUUGAUCUCCUUGAUGUCAGCUCGGGUGGUAACCACAAGGAUCAAAAGCUCCAGCCCCACACCAAUUAUCAAAUUGAUCUUGCGGGUCAGCUCCGCAAAGUCAUCCACAAAGCGGGCCAGAAGACCCUGGUCGGAGCAGUCGGUCUUAUCACGGAGGCCGAGGCAGCUCGUCAGAUCGUGCAAGGCGCUGACGAAGCGGUGGCUACUGAGGAAAUGUUGUCGGGCCCAGAGCCAAAGGCUGAUGCGGUCCUCAUGGCUCGCCAGUUCCUUCGCGAGCCCGAGUGGGUGUUGACAGCGGCAAAGAAACUUGGUGUUCCAGUGUCAGCCCCGCUCCAAUUUGCUCGAGGACUAUUGUAG